GUACUCGCACACUUGUACACUUUUGUGGCGCAAGUUCUUCUGGCGCCAUUAUAAAAUUGCUCGAUCUGUUCACACGGGAGGCAAAAUUGAGCCGAAAAUUGCUACAUAAAUGAAUUGCGCAACCUAAAAAUGUCAAGACAUUUUUUAGAGUUGCAGGGCUACUCACACAUAAUGGCCACUUUUUAUGGCGAAACUCUAUUAAAAAGUUGCUCUAUAGACUUUGAUUCAUUUUCUUGGUGUCUACGUGACAUAUUGUAUUGCUUUUUUUAAUGUCACAGUGGUGCAUUAUAUUUUGAUAAUGUAUUCUGAUGAACAAAUAAAAGCUGCUGCCCUCUUAGGUCUUAUAUUGCUGCGAAGACGACAAAAUAGAAGACGCAGGUAUCGUAAAAAAAGGACAAUUUGGGUUCGAAAAUGGAUUCAGAAUCGUUCCCGAUAUGGAGCAACAAAUACUUUGUUAAAAGAAUUAAGAGAAGGCGACGAGGCAUUCUAUAAAAAUUUCUUGCGGUUGUCCAGUAACGAUUUUGAUUACUUAUUAGAAAAAAUAACCCCGUUAAUACAAAAAAAGGAUACAUUUAUGAGGAAAGCGAUAACACUUGCUGAGCGCCUUGUCGUAACAUUAAGAUAUUUAGCAACAGUAAAAGUCUGUGCCCUCAGAAAAAAAAUCAUUUUAGGUGAUAGCUUCCAGUCCCUUAUGUAUUUGUUUCGAAUACCAACAAAUACUCUGUCGCAAAUAAUUCCAGAGGUAUGCAAAGCAAUAUACGAUGUAUUAAAGGAUGACUAUUUAAAGAUGCCAAACACUGAAGCUGAAUGGACAAAAAUAGCAGAUGAUUUCAAUACCAAAUGGAAUUUUCCUAACUGUCUUGGGUCGCUAGACGGAAAACACAUAAAUAUUAAAGCACCACCGAAUAGUGGCAGUUUGUAUUUUAAUUACAAGGGUGCUCAUAGUAUUGUUCUUAUGGCUUUAGCCGACGCCAAUUACAAAUUUACCUAUAUCAAUGUUGGUUCACCAGGACGUGACUCAGAUGGUGGAGUUUACAGCAACUGUUCACUUGCAGAUGCGGUUACAAAUAACUUACUGAAUAUACCAAAUGAACGACCCUUACCGGGACGAAGUACUGCAGUACCAUUUGUUUUCGUAGCAGAUGAUGCGUUUGCAUUACAGCCGCAUAUUAUGAAACCGUUUGCUUUUAGAAAUCAGAGCAUACAAGAAAGGAUAUUUAACUAUCGUUUGUCACGUGCGAGAAGAAUUAUUGAGAACGUUUUUGGAAUAUGUUCUGCUCGAUUUCGAAUUUUAAGAAGAAGUGUGGAACUAGUUCCAAAAAAGAUGAAAAUAAUUGUGUGUGCAAUCGCUGCCCUUCAUAAUUUUAUUAUGUCACGUAAAGAAUCAGCAAACAUGUAUGCACCUCAAGGAACUUUUGACGUGGAGAAUGAAGAUGGUACAAUAAUAAGAGGUAAUUGGCGGAACGAAGAAAAUAGCCAGCAUUUCGUACCCUUAGAAAGAAUACCAAGAGGUAUAAGCCUAGAGGCAAAAAAUGUACGCGAUGAAUAUAAAAAUUAUUUUUGUCGGGAAGGGGAAGUUCCAUGGCAAAGAAACUACAUUUAAAUAUAACAAGAUAAUUCCAUACAAAAUGAAGCCCUUUUAAAUUUCAUAAAACUUGUUAAUUUGUUACCAGUCCGAUCAGAAUUCAAUAAUGUUUAACUGCCUGCAUAGUUAUGUAUACAAUACCCUUUACUAUACCCUUUAUUUCAAGACAUUCCAGGAUAAUGUAGGACAUGCUUUAUAUUUAAAAGAAAGUAAUACAAAAAAUGUUUACUUACCAUGGAA